GGAAAUCAAGUAGCCACAAGCUAGUCCAGGCCUCCAGGGGAGGGAGCGCCGGAGCGGGCAUCUAUGGAGCUCGCUGAGGCGGCAGUGAAGUGUCUCCUCGUCAAGCUCGUUUCCCUUUUGAAGAAAGAGUACCAUCUUCAGAAGGGCGUGAGAGGGCAGAUUGUGUUCCUCACGAAGGAGCUGAAGGGUAUGCAGGAUGUCCUCGAGGAGUUGUCCGAGAAGCCAGCAGGUUCCGUGACCCCUUUCCAGAAGCGGUGGGCGAGGAGUUUGAAGGAGCUAUCGUACGACAUAGAGGACAGCGUGGACGCGUUCAUGCUGCGUGUGGACGGCGGCGAUGCUCACGCGAAUCCGCGCAACCUGACUGGUUUCAGCAGGUUCAUCGACAGGAUGGGCCUCAUUGGCAACAUCAAGUCGGUAAAAGUGGCCAAGGUUCGUCGCCGGAUCGCCAAGGAGCUCGAAGACAUCACGACCCGCGUCAAAGAGGUGGCUGCAUGGAAGGGAAGGCUCACCAUUCCCGGCGCCACGGCACAGCCUCACACAAAGGCUAACGUCGACACCGGGAUCCACCUUCUCCUCGAGGAUGUGCACAAGCACAGGCACAGCCCCGUCGGCAUCGACGGCCCCGCACAGAGGCUUGCCAGCUUGCUGACGACGCACAGGGAGGGGCUGCAGCAGAACCUUAUGGUCGUCUCAAUUGUUGGGCUAGGAGGUGUUGGCAAAACCACGCUUGCUAAGGCGUUGUAUGAAAGCCUCGAGACACAAUUCCAGUGCAAGGCUUUUAUCCCCGUAUCACUGAGGCCAGACAAAAAGAGCAUCUUCAAGAGAAUACUGCGUCAGGUCAGGCCGGCCGCCAGGGGUAACAACAACGACGGAGAAAAAGAUGUCGACGAACUGAUACGGGAUAUCAGGAAAUACCUCAGCGACAAGAGGUACUUCAUUGUUAUCGAUGAUGUAUGGGACGAGGAAAUAUGGAAAUUGUUCGAAUAUGCUCUCGUUGACAAUAGCUGUGGAAGCAGGGUGAUUGUGACGACCCGCAAUUUUCGUGUGGCAAAACUGUGCGCAACUCCUGUUGCUGGUGCAUUGUUUGAACUCGAACCUCUGUCUAACGCAGACUCCAAGAGGUUGUUCUACAAAAGGGUAUUUGGUAAAGAUGGCGGAAAUCAUAAUCAGUUGGAUGAAAUAGCUGGGAGAAUUUUGAAGAAAUGUGGUGGGGUACCAUUAGCUAUCAUUACUACAGCGAGUUUGUUGGCUUCUAAACCCAAAUCAAUAAAUGAAUGGUAUCGUGUGUACAGAUCCCUUGGUUCAGGACUUGAGAAAGAUAACACUGAUAUAAAGCGUAUGCAUGAUAUUUUAUCUCUCAGUUACUAUGAGCUUCCUUCCUAUCUGAGGCCUUGUUUACUGUAUCUAAGCCUUUUCCCAGAGGAUUGCAGAAUUGACAAAGACAGCCUUGUGAGGAGAUGGGUAGCCGAAGGCCUUGUUGUGGAUGAACAAGGUGGGGGGAAUCUGUAUGAGUUGUAUGACCGUGGAGAGAAAUACUUCAUUGAGCUUGUUAAUAGAAGCUUCAUCCAGCCACUAGACAUCGAUGGUGUAGAUGGCAUUCCGAAUGCUUGCUCCGUACAUGAUCUGAUACUUGACCUUCUGAUUUCUCUGUCAGUCGAGGAUAAUUUUGGGUUAAGGUUGGAUUCUCAGAACUUCACCACCUCAACAGAUAGUGAGGUUAACAUUCGUCGAUUGUCGCUGCAAGACAAUGAGGUGGAAGUGAGUGUGCCGGAAACAGUGGACUUAUCCCAUGUGAGGUCAGUAAUCGCAUUUGGCGAUGCUUUUAACUGGGCGCCACCUCUGUCAAGGUUCAAGUUCCUCCGUGCCUUGGAUUUGGAGGGUUUCCCACGGAAGAACAACCAUCCAAAGGAACUACGACGCCUGCACCAUUUGAGGUAUCUGCAGCUACGUGGCUAUCUUCAGAAAGAGGUGCUAGAAGAAAUUGGAAACCUACAACAUCUGAAGAUGUUGGACUUGAGCCAUGCAUAUGUUUCUCAGCUGCCAGUAAGCAUCACUCGGCUCAGAAACCUUCAGAGUCUACUCGUCGGAUCGGAUGUGAAGAUGCCACAGGGGAUCGGGAGUCUAAGCAAGCUGGAAGAAAUGUCAUGGAUCGAGGUGGAACCAAACACUGCAGCGGAGCUGGGAAAGCUGACAGAAAUGAGGGUGUUGUGCGUACAUGGACUGGGUUACGAUGAGGCUGGCGACCAGGCUUUUCUCCAGAGCCUGUCCAACCUACGCAACCUCUUGGGUCUAUUCAUCACUGAGUCUGAGAUGUGUUCCUUAGAUGACCUGCCCGAUCCUGGACAGGCCCCAGUAGGCCUCCGUUUCUUUCGUGGAACCGAGACGACCUUCCAGCAGAUGCCACGUUGGUUCUCUUGGCUCUCCGAGCUGUCUGGCUUAACCAUCACUGUGAAUAAUCUCACACAGGAUGACAUCGAUAUGCUUGGAGCCUUGCCUGAGCUACGUCUUCUUCAGCUAGAAGUAGCCGAGAAUGGCACCAUUGCCCAAGAACAGCUGUCCAUUGGUAGCGAUAAGCUCUUUCAGUCAUUGGAAGCAUUCAAAUUUAAGCACUGCGCAAGAUGUUGGCUGGUGCUUUCUCAAGGAGUGAUGACAAGACUUCAAAAGCUUGAGCUGUACUUCGAAGUGAGGAAGAGAGAUGACGGUGCGAUUGAUGUCGGCUUGGAGAACCUGACUUCCCUGAAGCAUGUCACUGUUGAAGUUGAUUGCUAUGGAGCCAACAUCAGGCAGGUAGAGGAUGUGGAGACCAAGCUCAGGGAUGCACUGGAUGCCCAUCCGAAGAAUCCAACUCUUGAGUUGUCACGAGUAGCUACCCACUGCAUGGAACGGGAUGAGCAUUCUUCUGGGCGUCAUCAAAGCUUCGGACGGCCGGCAGACGACGAUGAUUACAGCGACAAUGACAGUGAUGCUUCCAAAUAAAGAGUUGAGAUUCUGACGGUGGAGGCGCUCCAUGCUUGCUAGUUCCCAAUUCCCAUCGUUUGUCACUUUGUUCUUCAGUUUAGCAGUGGCUUGGUGCCUGUCUGUGUGCAGGACAUUUGUUAGCCUCUAUGGCUGUCACCCUCCAUGUAAUCUUCACUUUUGCUGCCCUUUCUAGGGCUUGUCGGUUGUAUCUUCCUUUCCCAUGAAUAAGAGCGCCUCAAUUUAAACAUCAUCUCCUGGGUCUUGGAGACCCUGAAAAAUGUGAUGCUGUCAGAAACACUCUCUCAUCCAUUCAUCCCUGCAACGCGUGUUUGCAGGAACCUAAACUUGCUUCCUUGGAUAUAGUUAAGAGCAAAUGUGUUCCGCCCUGCUGAUAUAUCUUCUUUAUGUGAUAGCCAGGCAGAUCCGCAGAUGGUACCAGCCUACCAGGGGGGGUCACUGUGUAUGUAUACAAGAUGUCUGCUGUUUUUUUUUUUUGGCCACUGCUCUAAUCUGAAUUGAUAUUUAGUCAGAUUUGAAACUAAUUUUCUGAAGACAUGUAUCCUUUUUUU